AUGGAACGCAUAAAAUAGAUACUUUUUCAAAUAAUUUAUCAAAAAGCCGCGAAUCAUAAAAAACUUUUUUUUGGGCGGAUUAAAUUCUAAUUUAAAUUAAUUUAAUUAAUUUCAACGGUCAAAAAAUUUUGGAUGCCACUAAAAAAGAUAUUUCUCAAGCAAACUUCAAGAAAAAGUUUAAACUAGAGUAUUGUCAAUUAAGAUAUUCAUAAUACAUCAAAUGAUGCUGAUUUGAAAAAGAACAGAAGUAUGCGCUUAAUGCAGAGAUUAGAAAAAAAAUAUUCUGAGCAAGGAGACCAAAAAACCUUACUUGAAAAUAAUGAGAACCUAGAAACAAGUUCUAUUUAGACAAAUCAAUCUCAAGAACCUGCUAUAAAAAUCACUUCAAAUGAAUUCAAAUAGAAUAAGCCAUAAUAAACAGAGAAUCAAGGUAUAUCAGGCAGCGAAAAGUUGGAAUUGAUGAAAAAGAAAGAUCAAAUAAUAGAGAAAUAUGAUAGACUUAGCAUUAUCAUUUGUGCAGUUCUUGGGGUUAUUUUGGCAAUACUUUCAAAGUAGAGUAUGUCAGUGAAUUUUUUAUUGAUAUUUGUUAGUUAUCAAUUAUUGUAUUAGAUUAUUCAAAGGAAUUUUCUCUUGGCACGUAUAAACUCAUUAUUAAAUUAAGGCUAAACCGAAUUGAAUAUUGGUAGUUUUGUCAGUGAAAAAGCUAAUAAAGCCAUUAAUUUAAUUUCUCAUGUUUCUAGAUUCAGUAAAGUUUUUAGGUAGUUGGCUGAUGAUAUUUCUGCAUUCUUGUUUACUUUUGUUGUCUUUUCUUAAAUACUAUAGCGUUUCUGA